AGGAUCCGACAAGUUCGAUCCGUUUGUUAUAGAAAAGGCACAAUCCUCCGUUACACUACCACUGUUUUAGUGAGAAAAAUUGAGAAUGGCGAGAAGGCGAUUGUUGCUGUUGUUAAAGCCAUUCGAUAUGUUACCAUCACGUCACUUCGAUGAAAGUUCUCAUUUCAGAAACUCUAAGUAGGGUGAGACUUCUUCUCCUGCAGUUAUCGCAGGUUAUAAAAUAUCUAGACAGUAGAUCUCUGGUUCAUAUGGAGGCUAUUAACUUCUGUCAAAAUAUUUUGAGGAAAAAGCAUGUCGAUUGGGAAGCUGUUUAUCGUUUUAAUCUAUGUCGGCCGAUCCGUGAUGUAGAUUUAGUAGUUACCAUAGGGGGAGAUGGUACGUUACUGCAGGCAAGCCAUUUUAUGGAUGAUUCCAUUCCUGUUCUAGGAGUAAAUUCUGACCCAACUCAAGCAGAAGAGGUUGAAGAUUGCAAUAAAGAAUUUGACGCUACAAGGAGUACAGGAUAUCUUUGUGCGGCAACUGUUAAGAACUUUGAACAAAUAAUAGAUGAUAUACUUGAAAAUCAUGCUAGACCUUCUGAAGUCUCAAGGAUGUCAAUCACUCACAACUCAAAGCAACUUCCGACUUACGCACUUAAUGAUGUUUUAAUUUGCCAUCCUAGCCCUGCUACAGUUUCUCGAUUCUCAUUCAGUAAAAAGAAAGAGGGCCAGUCUUCUUCUUCAAUGGUGCAUUGCAGAUCAAGUGGACUUAGAGUGUCAACAGCUGCUGGGUCAACAGCAGCAAUGCUUUCAAGUGGUGGAUUUGCAAUGCCAAUUUUGUCCCGAGAUCUCCAGUAUAUAGUGAGAGAACCCAUUUCUCCUGGAGCUUAUAAUAGCGCGAUGCACGGUACUGUGAAGCCUGAGGAGUUGAUGGAGAUUGCAUGGUAUUGCAACGAAGGGCUGAUUUAUAUCGAUGGCUCUCAUAUUAUUCACUCUGUUCAACAUGGGGAUAUCAUUGAACUCUCUUGCAAAGCUCCAAAAUUGAAAAUUUUCUUGCCAUCUCACUUGAUAUCCUCAAAGACUGCAGGGAUGACGGUUGUGGCCUAGGAUUCUGCUCUCUAGACUUGCAACUCCAGAAACACUAUUACGACGAGAUGUGGAUCACAUUUCAAAGUAGUUCUAAUCAUGCAAAAGAGGUAGUUUCUAGUUGAAGAUGCUUAUAGACUUAUCAGUUAUCACAUUGUUUUAGUAUGAACGUUGAGGUGUCCGAGUUGAGUCCUCCUUAAGGAGAUGUUAUGAGGUUUAUCUAGGUUUCGAGUUAAGUUACAUACACAUAAAGAAUACCCAAUUGGGAACUUGGCUAUUGAAGAUGGGGAUACAAUGCAUA